AAGUGUCAACGCUUUCCAGCAGGAGAUGAGGAGAUUGUUACUGGUGAAGAGGUGACCGAGGACACUGGACUCAGUACAGAUUUCAGCCCAGAUGAGUGUCAAGCCGUGGCAGUCGAGCUGAACCACGAGAGUGAUUAUUUCAACCACACAUAUUCAGUCUCACAAACUCCACAAUUCAGUAAUCCAGCAGAACGUAUCCAGCCUGUGGAGAGCACACAGAGUAAAACCCUUGCUUGUUGUGACUCUGAGACGCCUGUGUGUCCUCCUGAGAGGGGAUCAGAACAGCAUAAUGAAGAUCUCUCGAGCCGUGGAUGUCAGUCUUUGAACACAGAAGCAUCUUUGAAAGGUUCGGAGGAAGAGGCUGAUGUGGAGAAGGAAGGUCCUGUUGUUCAUUCUGAGGAGGACUUUGAUAGUCAAGGUGCAUUAGAGGACAGUCGGCCUGUGGCAUCAGAGACCUUUAGCGGUUCUGACUGUAUUUCUGGAUCUGAGUCAAAUACACCGGAACAGCAAACAGAGCGAUCGGUCGAAGAAGAAACAGAGAAUGCUUCCCUAAACACAAGUUCUCCUGCUCAAACCUCAUCACACCAGGAAUGAACCUUCAUGAUGUUAAAAACUGAGAGAAAUUCAUAAAAACAACCUCCAUUCAUUUAAAGCCCCAUCAGUUUUUAACUUCA